GUGAAGGCUGCAUUGGAAAAGCCAGGCACUCCCUCUUUUGUAGAUGACAUAGUAUCUCGUUUCCCAGGAUUGAAGAGUGGAAGGAGCUCUGGAGCUUGCCAAACUUCCCAUUGGAAAUCUGUGCAUAAGACAAAAUGCAAGGACUUUCAAUUAUCUGGGCAGCAUGGACGGAGAGAUUCUAGUGCAGUUGCACUGGUUCCUUCCAGUGGAACCAUUAAUAUUACCAAACAGUCAAAAGAGAUUCUUUUACCCUAUGAGGAUUUUGUGGAACUAUUUAAUUGGGACAAGCGAGGAAUUCCUCCAUGUGGGCUUCUUAAUUGUGGAAAUAGCUGCUUUGCUAAUGUGGUUCUACAAUGUCUUGUGUACACUCGGCCCCUUGUUGCCUAUUUGUUGGAGAAAGGCCAUCGAAAAGAAUGCAGACAGAAUGAUUGGUGCUUCCUUUGUGAAUUUCAAACCCAAGUCGAAAGAUCCAGUGAAAGUCGACAUCCCUUUUCACCAAUUAAUAUUCUCUCGCGGUUACCUAAUAUUGGUGGUGACCUUGGCUAUGGAAAACAAGAGGAUGCGCAUGAGUUCAUGAGGCUCCAUUUGUUUCAACAGAAGGCCCUUCAUCCUAGCACUCAAGAAACAUCCCUUAUUCAACAUAUAUUUGGGGGUCAUCUCCAAUCUCAGGUGAUUUGUUCAAAAUGCAAUAAUGUUUCAAAUCAGUAUGAAAAAAUGAUGGAUCUAACUGUUGAAAUUCAAGGGGAUGCCACAUCUUUAAAGGAAUGCUUGGACCUAUUCACUGUCAGAGAGUGGCUUCACGGAGAUAAUAUGUAUAAAUGUGAUGGAUGCAAUGAGUAUGUCAUGGCAUGGAAGCGUCUUACUGUUCGAAGGGCCCCAAACAUUCUUACAAUUGCUUUAAAGAGGUUUCAGAGCGGGAGGUUUGGGAAACUUAACAAGAGGGUGACUUUCCCUGAGACUUUAGAUCUUAGCCCUUACAUGAGUGAAGUAGGAGAUGGUAACGAUGUUUACAAGCUAUAUGCAGUGGUUGUCCAUAUUGACAUGCUAAAUGCAUCGUUUUUCGGCCAUUACAUUUGUUAUACAAAGGAUUUUUGUGGAAAAUGGUACAGGAUUGAUGACUGCAAGGUAGAGAGGGUUGAUUUGGAAGAGGUGCUCUCGCAGGGGGCUUAUAUGCUGUUGUAUAGCAGGUAG